ACCUUUAUACUGUACCUACCUGUCAUAGAUAAGUCAUGUCACAUUUGUGUUGUUAUUGUUAUUGUUAUGUAUGUCCUGCUCAGAUACUGAGGUUAUUUAUGAACAUUAUUUACAUCACAUGAUGAUGCUGAGGUGAGUUCAUGAUAGUGAGGAAAUGCCAAACAUUUUGCAAUUAACCUUAUUUAUAGUUUAUUUGAGCUGUUGUCAGCCCUUGUGAGGAACAAGCAGUAGACAGUGAGCGAGUGAGUCAUUGGAGUGUUGUGUUGUGUUGUUCAACACUUGUCUCCAAUUGUGAUGUCAAAAUGUUCCUACACUUGUUACAGUUACAAAACAAGAUUCCGAAAAGUACAAUAAACACAAACUCACCAUCUUAUAAAACAUGGCUUUCGUCGUAGAACCAGUCUAACCUAAAGUAUGUUACUGUGUGAAGUGGAAUGCUGACCUAUUCUCUAAUGCGACUUAUGUAAAUCUCUGGCAAAACCAAAUUGCAUAACUUUCACCCCAAAAGCUUCUUUGUCUCCACUUCAUUAUUCCCCCCGUUAAGGCCACGUAUCCCUCAGGCACGCUGUAAUUUGAUUAAUCCACUGAAAGGGCAACCAGACGUGUUUCUGCAGGGAGGGGGGUCCAACAGCUUGUGGAGAAAUGGAGACUUUGGUGUUUCUUUUUUCCUUUUCUGCCCUUGGUGUUCUUUACGCCAUGAACACCGUUCCUGAGUUCCAAGAGCCUUACGUCAUCCUGGCCAUCGGUGUCGCCGUGUUGGUGGUGGUUUUCCUCUUCUACUACGUCAUCACGCGUGGAAACCCGCCUAAAGACCUCUUAUUCUUUGUGUUUGCUGAGUUUUGUUUCACUUGCGUCAUUGACCUGACAAGUGCCUUGGAACAUGACGGCAUCGUAUCCGGCUUCAUGGAAUUCUACCAAAAGACGGGGGAGCCCUACCUGGGAACCGCCUACGCCAUCAUGAUGUGCUACUGGGACGGAAUAGUGCACUUCGCUCUGUAUCUAAUGAUGAUCAGCAGGAUAACGGACAGGAAGGCCUACCGCACCCUGGGCUUGUUCUGGGCCGGAUCCUUGUGCGCCAACAUGAGCGUGUUCAUCGCGGGGAUCGUGGCAGGUAAAUACGGCUCCGACAUCCGUCCGGCCUUCUGGCUCAACUUCGUCUUCCUGCUGGUGCCGAUAUGGGGCGCGGUGACGCUGUUCAGGAGAGCCAAGGACAGGCCGCUGAUCGGUGGAUACAACGCCUUCAACGUUCAGACCAUGAAGCUGAUCUGGCGCCCCGUGGACCUGCUCCUGGUGCUGCUGCUGCUGGCUGCCAUGGCCUUCACCGUCCUCAGAGGCCUGGUGGCGCUGGACUCUCCCCUGGAGGCCUGCUCCGUCUACCUCAAGCACUACGAGCCGUACCUGCAGGAUCCCGCGGGCUACCCCCGAGUGACGAUGCUGAACCUCUUCUUCUACGGACUCCCGUUGCUGGGAGCGUUCGUGUAUGGCCUCCUCCAGCCCGGCUGCACGUGGAUGUCGGACUGGACCGUGUUCGUCGCCGGAGCGAUGAUCCAGUGCCAGUGGACGCACGUGGGCGGCUCGCUCCACCCUCGCACCGCGCCGCCCUUCCGGGUCCCGGCCGAGGCCCUGUGGCCCGUGCUGGCGGCCAACCUGCUGUACGCGGCCGUGCCCGUCAUGGUGGCGCUCCGCGUCCACAGCAACCCCUACUUCUUCCUGAAGAUCGCGCCCUUCCCCGGCCAGACGGGUCUGCCCAACAGCGAGGAGAAGGACACCAAGUACAAAGACAAGUGAAAAUCUGUGAUGUGCGCUGACCUUUGGAGGAGUGACUUAUCUGAUGAUUCACCGUGUUGUUUUAUUUCAAAUGUCAUAUUUUAAAAGGCCAAAAUACACGAUUAUUUCGCUCAAGA